AGGUGAAUCAAAACAGUCCCAGGAAAUCUGAAUGUUGAAGAAAAUUCAUCUGAAUUUUUGAUAUUCAAGGGGAGUCAGUAUUUAUAUUCAUCUUUUAAACUGGGAAGAUUUAUAUUUUAUUUUAAAACUUCUGAUAUUUACAAUGAAUGGACACAGUGAUGAAGAAAGUGUUAGAAACAGUAGUGGAGACUCAAGCCAGUCGGAUGAUGAUUCUGGGUCAGCUUCAGGCUCUGGAUCUGGUUCGAGUUCUGGAAGCAGUAGUGAUGGAAGCAGUAGCCAGUCAGGUAGCAGUGACUCUGACUCUGGAUCUGAAUCAGGCAGUCAGUCAGAGUCUGAGUCAGACACUUCCCGAGAAAACAAAGUUCAAGCAAAACCACCGAAAGUUGAUGGAGCUGAGUUUUGGAAAUCUAGUCCCAGUAUUCUGGCUGUUCAGAGAUCUGCAGUGCUCAAGAAGCAGCAGCAACAACAGCAGCAACAUCAAGCUUCAUCUAAUAGUGGAUCGGAAGAGGAUUCCUCUAGCAGUGAAGAUUCUGAUGACUCAUCAAGUGAGGUCAAAAGGAAAAAGCAUAAAGAUGAAGAUUGGCAAAUGUCUGGGUCAGGAUCUCCAUCUCAGUCUGGUUCAGAUUCAGAAUCUGAGGAAGAAAGAGACAAAAGCAGUUGUGAUGAAACAGAAUCUGAUUAUGAGCCAAAAAACAAAGUCAAAAGCAGAAAGCCUCAAAAUAGAACAAAGUCAAAAAUUGGAAAGAAGAUUUCUGGACAAAAAAAGAGACAGAUUGAUUCAUCUGAGGAUGACGAUGAUGAAGAAGAUUAUGAUAAUGACAAAAGAAGUUCCCGUCGCCAGGCAACUGUCAAUGUUAGCUAUAAGGAAGAUGAAGAAAUGAAAACAGAUUCUGAUGACUUACUGGAAGUCUGUGGAGAGGAUGUUCCUCAACCUGAAGAGGAAGAAUUUGAAACAAUAGAAAGGUUUAUGGAUUGUCGAAUUGGGAGAAAAGGAGCUACUGGUGCUACCACAACCAUCUAUGCAGUUGAAGCAGAUGGUGACCCAAAUGCAGGAUUUGAAAAAAACAAGGAACCAGGAGAAAUCCAGUAUUUAAUUAAAUGGAAAGGAUGGUCCCAUAUCCAUAAUACUUGGGAGACAGAAGAAACCCUUAAGCAGCAGAAUGUUAGAGGAAUGAAAAAAUUAGAUAAUUAUAAGAAAAAAGAUCAGGAAACAAAAAGAUGGUUAAAAAAUGCUUCUCCAGAAGACGUGGAAUAUUAUAAUUGCCAGCAAGAACUUACAGAUGAUCUACACAAACAGUAUCAAAUAGUAGAGCGAAUAAUUGCUCAUUCCAAUCAAAAGUCAGCGGCUGGUUAUCCUGAUUAUUAUUGCAAAUGGCAGGGCCUUCCAUACUCAGAGUGCAGCUGGGAAGAUGGAGCUCUCAUUUCCAAAAAGUUUCAAACAUGUAUAGAUGAGUAUUUUAGCAGAAAUCAAUCAAAAACCACUCCUUUUAAAGACUGUAAAGUAUUAAAACAAAGGCCAAGGUUUGUAGCCCUGAAGAAGCAACCACCCUAUAUUGGAGGACAUGAGGGUUUAGAAUUAAGAGAUUAUCAACUGAAUGGUUUAAAUUGGCUUGCUCAUUCUUGGUGCAAGGGAAAUAGUUGCAUACUUGCUGAUGAAAUGGGCCUUGGAAAAACAAUACAGACAAUCUCAUUUCUGAACUAUUUGUUUCAUGAACAUCAGUUAUAUGGACCUUUUCUGUUAGUAGUUCCACUCUCUACUCUCACUUCCUGGCAAAGGGAGAUUCAGACAUGGGCAUCUGAGAUGAAUGCUGUGGUUUAUUUAGGUGACAUUAACAGCAGAAAUAUGAUAAGAACACAUGAAUGGAUGCAUCUCCAGACUAAACGGUUAAAAUUUAAUAUACUGUUAACAACUUAUGAAAUUUUAUUGAAAGAUAAGGCAUUCCUUGGAGGUCUGAAUUGGGCAUUUAUAGGUGUGGAUGAAGCACAUCGAUUAAAGAAUGAUGAUUCUCUUCUGUAUAAAACUUUAAUAGAUUUUAAGUCCAAUCAUCGUCUCCUUAUCACUGGAACUCCUCUACAAAACUCCCUCAAAGAGCUAUGGUCUUUGCUACAUUUCAUUAUGCCAGAAAAGUUUUCUUCCUGGGAAGAUUUUGAAGAAGAACAUGGCAAAGGGAGAGAAUAUGGUUAUGCCAGUCUCCACAAGGAGCUUGAGCCAUUCCUGUUACGCAGAGUUAAGAAAGAUGUGGAAAAAUCUCUUCCUGCCAAGGUUGAACAGAUUUUAAGAAUGGAAAUGAGUGCUUUACAGAAACAAUAUUACAAAUGGAUUUUAACUAGAAAUUACAAAGCCCUCAGUAAAGGCUCCAAGGGCAGUACCUCAGGCUUUUUGAACAUUAUGAUGGAGCUAAAGAAAUGUUGUAACCAUUGCUACCUCAUAAAACCACCAGAUAAUAAUGAAUUCUAUAAUAAACAGGAGGCCUUACAACACUUAAUCCGUAGUAGUGGAAAAUUGAUUCUUCUCGACAAGCUGUUAAUUCGCCUAAGAGAACGAGGCAAUAGAGUUCUUAUUUUUUCUCAAAUGGUGCGGAUGUUAGAUAUACUUGCAGAAUAUUUGAAAUAUCGUCAAUUCCCCUUUCAAAGAUUAGAUGGAUCAAUAAAAGGGGAGCUGAGAAAACAGGCUCUAGAUCAUUUUAAUGCUGAAGGAUCAGAGGAUUUCUGCUUUUUGCUUUCCACAAGAGCUGGAGGUCUAGGAAUUAAUUUAGCCUCUGCCGACACUGUCGUUAUAUUUGAUUCUGAUUGGAAUCCACAAAAUGAUCUUCAGGCACAGGCUAGAGCUCAUCGAAUUGGGCAGAAGAAACAGGUGAAUAUUUAUCGUCUAGUUACAAAGGGAUCAGUGGAAGAGGAUAUUCUUGAAAGGGCCAAAAAGAAAAUGGUUUUAGAUCAUCUUGUGAUUCAAAGAAUGGACACAACUGGGAAGACAGUACUACACACAGGUUCUGCCCCUUCAAGUUCUACUCCUUUUAAUAAAGAAGAGUUAUCAGCCAUUUUAAAGUUUGGUGCUGAAGAACUUUUUAAAGAACCUGAGGGAGAAGAACAAGAGCCCCAGGAAAUGGAUAUAGAUGAAAUCUUGAAGAGGGCUGAAACUCAUGAAAAUGAACCAGGCCCAUUAACCGUUGGAGAUGAAUUACUUUCCCAGUUCAAGGUUGCCAACUUUUCAAAUAUGGACGAGGAUGACAUUGAGUUAGAACCUGAAAGAAAUUCAAAGAAUUGGGAGGAAAUCAUUCCAGAAGAUCAAAGAAGACGAUUAGAAGAGGAAGAAAGGCAAAAGGAACUUGAAGAAAUUUACAUGCUCCCAAGAAUGAGAAAUUGUGCAAAACAGAUUAGUUUCAAUGGAAGUGAAGGGAGGCGCAGUAGAAGUAGGAGAUACUCUGGAUCUGAUAGUGAUUCAAUCUCAGAAAGGAAAAGACCAAAGAAACGUGGAAGACCACGGACUAUCCCUCGGGAGAAUAUUAAAGGAUUUAGUGAUGCCGAAAUUAGGCGGUUUAUCAAGAGUUACAAGAAGUUUGGUGGCCCUCUGGAAAGAUUAGAUGCAAUUGCUCGAGAUGCUGAAUUAGUUGAUAAGUCAGAAACAGACCUCAGACGCCUAGGAGAGUUGGUACAUAAUGGUUGCAUUAAAGCUUUAAAGGAUAGUUCUUCAGGAACAGAACGAACAGGUGGUAGGCUUGGAAAAGUGAAGGGUCCAACAUUCCGAAUAUCAGGAGUACAGGUGAAUGCCAAGCUAGUCAUCUCCCAUGAAGAAGAGUUAAUACCAUUGCACAAGUCCAUUCCUUCAGAUCCAGAGGAAAGAAAGCAGUAUACUAUCCCAUGCCACACAAAGGCAGCUCAUUUUGAUAUAGACUGGGGCAAAGAAGAUGAUUCCAAUUUGUUAAUUGGUAUAUAUGAAUAUGGAUAUGGAAGCUGGGAAAUGAUUAAAAUGGAUCCUGACCUCAGUUUAACGCACAAGAUUCUCCCGGAUGAUCCUGAUAAAAAACCACAAGCCAAACAGUUGCAAACACGUGCAGACUACCUCAUCAAAUUACUUAGUAAAGAUCUUGCAAGAAAAGAAGCUCAGAGACUUCCUGGUGCAGGAAGUUCAAAGAGAAGAAAAGCAAGAGCUAAGAAGAAUAAAGCAAUGAAGUCUGUAAAAGUGAAAGAAGAAAUAAAGAGUGAUUCUUCCCCCUUGCCCUCAGAGAAGUCUGAUGACGAUGAUGAUAAGUUGAGUGAAUGCAAGUCUGAUAGCAAGGAAAGAUCUAAAAAAUCUUCAAUAUCAGAUGCUCCAGUUCAUAUCACUGCAAGUGGUGAACCAGUUCCCAUAUCUGAAGAAUCUGAAGAGCUAGAUCAGAAGACAUUCAGCAUUUGUAAAGAAAGAAUGAGGCCUGUCAAAGCAGCUUUGAAACAACUUGAUAGGCCUGAGAAAGGUCUUUCAGAAAGAGAACAACUGGAACAUACUAGACAAUGUUUAAUAAAAAUUGGAGACCAUAUCACAGAAUGUCUGAAAGAGUAUACAAAUCCUGAACAAAUUAAGCAGUGGCGAAAAAACCUGUGGAUUUUUGUAUCUAAGUUUACCGAGUUUGAUGCAAGAAAACUACACAAAUUAUAUAAGCAUGCUAUUAAAAAACGGCAGGAAUCUCAGCAAAACAGUGACCAGAACAGCAACUCGAAUGCUCACAUGAUUAGAAAUCCAGAUGUGGAAAGAUUAAAAGAGAACGCCAAUCAUGAUGAUAGCAGCAGAGACAGUUACUCAUCUGAUAGACAUCUAAUAUCUCAGUAUCAUGAUCAUCACAAAGACCGACAUCAGGGAGAUUCUUACAAAAAGAGUGAUUCCAGGAAAAGACCCUAUUCUUCUUUUAGUAACGGUAAAGAUCAUCGUGAUUGGGAUCACUAUAAACAAGACAGCAGAUACUACAAUGACAGAGAGAAACACAGAAAAUUGGAUGAUCACAGGAGUAGAGAUCACAGGUCAAAUUUGGAAGGAAGUUUAAAAGAUAGAUCUCAUUCUGAUCAUCGUUCUCAUUCAGAUCAUCGGUUACAUUCAGACCACCGGUCAAGUUCUGAAUAUACACACCAUAAAUCUACCAGGGAUUAUAGGUAUCACUCAGAUUGGCAAAUGGACCACAGAGCUUCCAGUAGUGGCCCUAGGUCACCACUAGACCAGAGGUCUCCUUAUGGCUCCAGAUCUCCCUUUGAACACUCAGUUGAACACAAAAGUACUCCUGAGCAUACCUGGAGUAGUCGGAAAACAUAACAGAAACUGAUAACUUUGUCUUUCUGGACUUUUCUUUUAGCCAUAUAUCAUAAACCAACACAGUAAUUGCCUUACAUGACUUGAAAGAUAUAAACAGAUCUUCUGUCAGUAGCAGUAUUGUUACUUCUUUCCAGGAUGCAAGGUCUAUUAUCCCAACAGAAGAGAGAAUAUUUUUAUAUUUAAGGAUUAUGCUGCACUGUACUACAAAUAUUGUGGUACUUUUUUUUUUUCUUUUUUAAAGAAAUGGAAAAUGUUUACUAUUACAGGGACCUCAACACUGCCCUCCCAUAUAGGCUGGAUAAAACUGUUUUUAAGUCAGUGAUUUUUGACUGACCUCCAUUUAAAUUAUGUUUGUAUAUGAACUGUACACUCUGACCUGUGAUCAUGUUUCAGGAAGGAAUGAAAGAGAGUUCUUUUCUUAAUAAAGAAAAAACACUCAAGGACUUUGUUCACUUUCCAAAGCUACUUGUUUACAUUGUACACUGCGACCACCUUGCCGCUUUUCAUCACAAGCUUGAAUAUUUAAAUUCUGUACUUAUAUCUGUAAAAUAGCCAGGAAUUUCCUGUUUGUGAUCUAUUAUUAUGCCUUUAAAAAAAAAAUGGCUGUAAAUUAUUGUAAAUGGAUUAAAUGAGCUUUCCUUACUUCCCUUCCCUUCUCAGGCUUUUUUUGACUGUUCCCUUUCCCUACCAACUCAGGCCUUCUUAUCAUUUAAAAAAAAAAAAAAAAGAAUCAGUGUAAUAACACUUUUUAAUGAUUUGUCUUGAUGGAAUCAUUUUUUAGAAUGUAAAAAUGGGGAAAGGGGCCACUUAAUUCCAUUAGUCUUCUUUUUAUAUUGAAUAUUUUAUUAGAUACAUGUUAUCUCUUCCUCUUUUUUUUUCCCCCUCUUUUUUAGUCAAUAUUGUGUUUAUAGUAACAAAAUGGUGAGAUGAUACGUAAAAUCUAAACUGCAUGCUCUGGAAACAUUUUUUUUUCAGAUGCAUUUGGUUUAAAAGGGUAGGUGUAUGAACACUUUCAGAAUCCAAAACAGCCAAAAGUUAUUGUAAAAUCCAUUUGUUUUCCCUUUUCAUGUGGGCAAUAAUGUCAAAUGUGCUAUGCAGCCAGGUAACCUUUUAGAUAAACUUGAUUGACUUUUAAUAUAAACUGUUACAAUGCACACUGAUUGUAUAUAAAAACCUUAUAUAUGACAAAUUAAAUUUAAGAAAAAGGAUAUGUGGGCUCCUGUAAUUUUCUGCUGCAUUCUUUUUCCCUCCAGCACUUAACCUUUUUUUUUUU